AUGAGUGAUACUACUACGACUCCUCCUGCUGCUAUUGCUGCUCUUGCUACUGUUAUUACUAUUGUUGCUAAUGCUAUCGCUACCGCUGUUGCUGCUACUAUUGCCAUGCCGCUCCUACUAUUACCGUUGCUCCUACUAUCACAACAUACCACUACCGUUAGUGCUGCUGCUACUGCUGCUGCUGCUACUACCACUACUACCGUUGCUGCUAUUAUUGCUGCUACUGCUACUACUACCGUUGCUGCUGCUACUGCCGCUGCUACUGCUACUGCUACUACCGUUACCGCUACUACUACUACCGUUACCGCUACUACCACGCGGUUGCUCGCUAUUGCUGCUACUGCUGCUGUUACUAUCAUUGCUGCUACUGCUACUACUAUUACUACGAUUGUUGAUUAG